AUGACGUUCUGUCCCAAAUACAAGGCAUUGCCUGUUGCUCAACGCGCGGAACAGGUGAAAAAACUUGGCGCGUGUUUGAACUGCGUGAAACCUGGACAUCGGGCGGAUUCUUGCCCGGCCAGCGGUCGUUGCUUGGUGUGUGGCGCGAAUCACCACACUACCCUGCAUGGGCUUGGUUUCGGGCAGUCCGGAGGCACCACCAGGGACCAGCCACGAGGGACGGAGGAUACUGUCGCCGACGCUAACUCCUUGACAGCAAGCGUGGGCUCGACCGCCGCUGCUAGCAGAAGAACCGUCUUGCUGACUACGGCACAGGUUCUGCUUGAGGGACCGUCUGGAAGGCACCUGCGGGUGCGGGCUCUGCUUGAUACGGGGUCAGAGGCCUCCUUUAUAACAGAGAGUGCAGCCCAAAUGCUACGCGCGCCGCGUCGCCGUGUCCGGGUUGCGGUAUCCGGUCUGCAGGGUACGCGAACCGGGGAGGCUGCUACCGCUGUAACGCUUGGCAUAAGGUCCCGAACAGAUGCCGCGUUCCGCCUCGAGACGGAGGCAUUUGUGCUCCGGCGAUUGACCGAUCUGCUGCCGCCUCAACGCGUUGUUGCGCGUGCGUGGCCGCACUUGACGAACCUUCCGUUGGCCGACCCGGACUUUGCGACGCCGGCUGCGGUGGACGUUGUACUCAGCGCCGACGUUUACCGACAAGUGAUGCGACCUGACAUUCGGCAAGGUGAACUAGGCUCGCCUUCGGCGCACCUCUCCGCCUUUGGCUGGAUUCUGACCGGCGCAGUGGAUUCCGGGGAGAAAGCUGCGGUCGCCGCGCACACGGUGUCGGUGCUGCUGGCACAGCCCGUUGAUGAGCUCACAACAGCUCUUAAGCGACUAUGGGAGCUCGAAGAGGUUGCCGCUCAGCGCGUUCCGACUCCGGAUGAGGAUCAAGCGGAGGAGCACUUUCGACGGACGCACUUUCGGGACGCGUCGGGCCGAUACGUUGUACGGCUGCCCUGUCGUCCGGAUCGCCUUAAGCGGCUGGGCGAGUCACGCUCGGCCGCGCUGUCUAUGCUGCUCAGCUCGGAGCGCCGCUUGGCGAGGAAGCCCGAGCUGCAGAAACGAUACAUCGACUUUAUGGUGGAGUACCUCGCGCUGGAUCAUAUGAAUCCCGUACUGGCUGAUGCUCCUUCCCGGUCGGUGUCUUACUACUUGCCUCACCACGCAGUCUUCAAGGCUGGAGAGGCCACAGGGAAAAUACGCAUGGUUUUUAAUGCAUCCUUUAAAACAACAUCUGGUUAUUCGCUGAAUGACUGUUUGUUACCAGGUCCUCGAUUACAGUCCGACCUAUGGGUCGUCCUGACUCGAUGGCGAGGGUUCAAGGUCGGAUUCAUGGCCGAUAUAGUUAAGAUGUUCCGGCAGAUCCGAGUGAACCCGGCAGACAUGGACUUGCAGAGGAUACUCUGGCGUGCCGACCCAACGGAGCGAGUUCGAGAGUUCCAGCUCCGGACGGUGACUUACGGUACAACCGCGGCGCCCUUCCUGGCUAUACGCACGCUGCAGCAGUUGGCCAACGACGAGGCUGCGCGUUUUCCACUGGGAGCGACGGCCUUGUUGCGACAUUCUUAUGUCGACGACAUCUUAGCUGGAGGAAGCGAUCUGUCGGCGACCCGGGAGGUCCAGCGCCAGCUAGUGGCACUGCUGCAGGCUGGAGGGUUCUCGCUGGACAAGUGGGCCUCGAACGCGCGGGAGCUUCUCCCGCGGGCGUCGCCGGAGGAGGCAUUGCUGCCAGCCUUUGACGCAGUAAGCGCUCUCGGGAUAGCCGUGGCAUCCUGA